AUGUUAUAAUUUAUAAGUAUAACUAACGAAGAAAAAUAGAACCAAUUUUUUACACUAAGCAAAAAAAAAUACAUUUCAAUUUUUUCUAAAAAAAAUUACUAUAUAUUCAUAGUAAAAAUUAACAUAAUAUAAAAAUAAUUUAAACUAAAAAAAUUUUUUUUCUAAUUUAUUUAAAUUAAAUGCGUCGCAAUCGCUCAUACGAGUAAUAAAAAAAAAAGCGGAGAGUGUGCUAAAGAAAAUUUUAGUUGAAAUAUUUUUCAAGUCAUACGGUAAAUUCACAAAUCACAGAAAUGAAUUUUGUGAAAAUUAUUUUAAGUACUUUGUCCAUUUACAUUGGAAUUAAUGGAAUAAUUAUUUAUUUUUUUGACAAUUAUUUACCGAAUGUUAUUAAACAAACAUUCAGCUAUGGAAAAUGUAAUAUUAAUAUGCGAAGUCAAUUCAUUUCCAAGCUCGAAUUACCGAAAAAAUGUUUUCGACAUUUUUAUAUUUUCACCGCUCCAAUUGCUAUUUAUUCAUUAAUUACAUUAAUCUACAAGUAUUUUUAUAAUGAAAAUAUUCCGGAAAUUGUUUAUCUUAUUUUGGAUUUUCUAAUGGGACACAAAAGAAAACCUUUGGUUUCAAUGCCGCAGACGAUUCUUGCGAUGUUUUUGGUAACAACACAUCUUAUAAGAAGAAUUUUUGAAACCAUAAAAAUAAAUAUCUUUAGCGAUGUGAAAAUAAAUAUUUUUCACUAUCUCGUCGCAUAUUUUCACUAUGUAAGUUUCGUCGCUGCCAUUUUAGGAGAAUCGGAAGGAUUAGUCAGAGGAUUCGAAAAAAUGUCACGCGAUUCAUUGAAAACAAAAGAUUGGAUUGCGGCAUUAAUUUUCCUCUGGAUGAGUUAUCAACAAUUACAAACGAAUAUAAUAUUGGCGAAUUUACGAAAAAAUAAGGAUGGCGUUGUUGUGACGAAGGAGCACAAAAUACCUCGAGGUGGACUUUUCGAUUAUAUUUCUGCACCUUUACAAUUCACCGAAAUUGGAAUGUACAUGGCUGUGCAAUUAAUUAUUUGCGAGAAUAAAACUUAUUUUAUUCUUUGUAUUUGGGUCGUCAUAAAUCAGUUUAUAUCUGGCCUUCUUUCGCAUAAAUGGCAUAAAAACACAUUCAAAGAUUAUCCACCAUCUCGUAAAAUUAUUAUUCCCUAUUUAUUAUAAUACUACGAAUAUUUUAAUUAUUGAUGACCUAAAAUUAUUCACAAAAAAAAUUGUUUUCG